GCAGAUACGAAGAUGGGCGUGGUAACUGACCUAUCUAAAACUGAUGUUGGUUUGUAAAGCUGUGACUUUCUUUGCAGUGAUCUUCCAGAUGAGGAGCAUCGGCUACAACAGCUUUGACAGCAGCCUGCACCUGCAGACAGACACAGAGAAGCCCUCUCUCAAAGAAGGAGAUGUCUUGAUCAAGGUUGAGGCUGCUGGGGUGAAUCGUUUGGACCUGAUCCAGGUGGGGGGUAAGUUCCCGCCCCCCCAGGGAGAGUCAGAUAUCCUAGGAGUUGAAGUUGCUGGUACUGUGGUUGAGAUGACACAGACAGCGAGUGAGCAGACUAGCCUGAAGACAGGGGACAGGGUCAUGGCUCUAGUGGGAGGGGGAGGCUAUGCAGAGUUUUGCCGAGCCCCUUACCAGGUGGUGAUGGCCGUGCCUGAGGGCGUGACAUGGACAGAGGCUGCUGGAAUACCGGAGAACUAUCUGACUGCCUACCAAGCUCUGGUGUGGAAUGGAAGGCUCAAAGAUGGAGAGACAGUUCUCAUUCAUGCUGGUGGGAGUGGUGUGGGUAUGGCAGCUGCUCAGUUGGCCAAGAACCUCUGUAAGGGUGUGCAGGUGAUCGUCACAGCUGGCUCUGACGAGAAGCUCUCCGUUUGCAAGGAAAACGGGGCAGAUUUUGGCAUCAACUACAAAACUGACAAUUUUGCUCUUGAAGUCAUGAAGUUCACCAAUAAUAAAGGUGCUGAUGUUAUUCUGGAUUUUGUGGGUGCCCCUUAUUGGGAGAAGCACUCUCAGUGUGUGGCAAUUGACGGGAGGAUAAUCCAUUUAGGAUUUUUGGGUGGGUCUGUGUUGGAGAAGGCUAAUUUGGGGGUGGAGCUGAAGAAAAGGGUGACUCAUUUCUUCUCUACACUGAGGAGCCGGUCGCUCGAGUACAGGGGAGAACUCGUCAAACAGUUCGCUCGUGACACUCUCCCCCUCUUCUCGGCUGGGUCAGCGAAGGUGAGGGUGGACAGUGUGCACUCGGCAGAGAACGCCACACUCGCUCACACCAGGAUGAGGGAGAAUAAGAACAUUGGCAAAAUCAUCAUUACUAUGACAACAUAGCCCUAGCUUAGUAGCUACAUAAUUUUGUAGUAUAAUUAUAGGGAAUUGAUCACAUGAUCAGCUAUUAAAUAAUUCUUGAGAAUAUUGAUCACAACUCAUGAGUUGUAUUUUUGAAUAAGA